AUGGGCAAUUUGCCCGCCGAUCGGGUUAGGAAAGCUCGACCCUUUUUGAUUUUUGGGGUAGACUUCUGCGGUCCAUUCUAUGUCUCGUUGAAACUCCGUGGGAAACCCCCCAAUAAGACUUAUGUGGCUGUCUUCGUUUGUUUUUCGUCAAAGGCUGUUCAUCUUGAGCUCGUUGUUGAUUUAUCUACUGACAGCUUCUUAUCUGUGUUCAAAAGGUUCGUCGGACGGAGAGGUCUUCCGGAGAAGGUAUACAGCGACAACGCCACCAACUUCGUGGGAGCGAGCAAGGUUCUCGAAGAGCUGCACGUAGCGUUUCACCGGAACAAGGAUCAACUGACGGCGUACGCGGCUCAGAGGGGCGUCGAGUGGUCGUUUAUCCCACCGAGGUCACCACACUUCGGCGGGCUAUGGGAGGCAGCCAUCAAGGCAGCCAAGCAUCGCUUGCUGCGAGGGGUCGGCAACGCCAAGCUCACAGCAGACGAGUUGAGCACCCACCUAGUGGAGGUAGAAGCGCCGCUCAAUUCUCGUCCGAUUGCGUCGCCUGGCAACGACCCCAACGAUGGAGAAGCUCUCACACCAGGACAUUUGCUCAUCGGUCAGCCUCUUCUUACGCUGCCGCCAGAAUCCGAAACAAACGAAAUCUGCAGCAAGGCAAGCUUCGGAUAUUUGAAGCGGUGGCGAAUGCUGUCUGCGCUCAAGCAGCAGUUUUGGCAAAGCUGGUCCAAGGAUUACCUGGCCAGCCUGCAGCAGCGCAACAAAUGGAGCAUCGAGGGCCCCGAUCUAAAAAUUGGGUGCCUUGUUCUCGUCCACGAGGACAAUCUGCCGCCGCAACGGUGGCUUACAGGGCGCGUGGUGGCAACAUUAUUCGGCGAGGACGGCAGAGUGCGUGUCGCCGAAAUUCAGACGUCUGGAGGCGUCAUCAAGCGCGCAAUCCACAAACUGGCGUUGCUGCCAAUAAGCAGCACAAACGAGGAAGUUAAAGCGCCGGAGGCCUUUAACGGGGUCGGAAUGUUGGAUUGUAAUUAUUAA